UGGACCCAUUGGAGUGCAGAAGGCAGCUGAAGAACGACGGCUUUCCGUUUAAGGCCUCAAGCAAGCAUGGCUUCCUACCCGGUACGCAAUUCUUGCUCCCCCCAUGGCUAUUCCAAGGCUCAAAUGUGCUUCUUCAAGAUUCUACGAGUGAUUUCAUCCGUCCCUCCUUGUCAACAACAACCUCUUCUUACUCCAAAACACGAUCCCUCCAACUCUUCUCCGAGCACCAGAGGGAGUGAUGUUGAUUCCAAUCUCCAAUUCGGCGCCGCAGAAUUCCAGUGCUCUGCGAGCGAUUCCUCCGGCGUUGAAGAAACCAACGGCGGUCACGACAGUGCGGAUGUCUCCGGUACCAAGGAGACGGGUUUCAGGGAGCCGAUCAGCGAGGAUCCAGGAGGGAAAGAACCCGAGGAAGAAGCGCGUGAAACGGUGCCGUUUGGAGGGAAUAGAAGGGCGAGUUAUGAUAACUGCUUGGACUUGCUGAUCGAAGCCGCGAAACUAGUGCUUGAGGAACCGAGUGGAGAGAUGGGACCGGGUUCCGAGUUAAGAACUGGGAGCAGGAACAGAGAAGAGCAGCGGGAGCAGAGAUGGGUGGUUGCGGAUUUAUGUAAGGAAGUGAACGACACGACGCCGGUGGUGAGGUCGAAGAGAGGGAGGAGCCAGGCGUUGCCGUUUAGGUUCCGAGACUCGGUGGUGGAGCCGCUGAGACGCUCGGGCGCCGCAAGAGCUCCCAAGAAACGAUUCCUCGGGGCGUGAGCGAUCACAUAAAACGGCAUGGCGUCUGGGUUAAGGUAUUUGUGUAGAAAUGGCAAUGGCAGAUAGAUUGCUUAGGCUUAGAAUUGUGGAGGAAGAUGGUAGUAUGUGACUGUGACGUUGUCGUAACCAGUGGAAGAAGAUAUGAAUAUAGCUAUAGACAUAUUUCUAUGAAUAUAUGCUGGUGUGUGUUUUUAAUAUAGUAUUGGUUUGUAGGGAACCAAGGAAAUAAAUGAAUAGAUUCCAGUCAUAAAGGCAGAAAAGGCUUUAAGAGAAAACUACUGACUUGGUAGUUGGUAAUAAUAGAAUAGAAGAAUGCGAGCGAAAGCUGAUGCCCAUCACCCCCUUGUCUCCAUGAAGCAUUCGAGGCAGCCUCUUUCAAGAAACAGGGUAGUGAAACACUCCUAGCUAGACGAGGCUUUGGACGCAAAGAUUUGGGUUUGAAU